GCGCUAUCAUUGGCCUUUGGCUGUUACAUGUUAACGGAGGAGCCGCUGCCGCUGCCGCUGCCACAACCGCGCCAUGUCGUUCCUGAGGGUUGCAGAGAGCUCGGACUUCCCCAUCCACAACCUCCCCUUCGGAGUAUUCUCCACCGCCUCCGACCCUAACCACAGAAUUGGUGUUGCCAUCGGAGACCAGAUAUUGGACCUCAGCGUGGUAAAGCAUCUCUUUACUGGCCCCGUUCUCUCCACAAACCAGCAUGUAUUCACUCAGCCGACCCUGAACUCCUUCAUGUCCCUGGGCCGGGAUGCCUGGAAGGAGGCUCGAGCCGAUCUCCAGCGACUCCUGUCAGCCAAUGAACCAGCUCUGCGGGACAACAAGGACCUGAGGAAGGGGGCAUUUGUCUCCCAGGAUUCGGCCAUCAUGCACCUCCCAGCUGCGAUCGGAGAUUACACGGACUUCUAUUCAUCCCGUCAGCACGCUACAAAUGUUGGAGUCAUGUUUCGAGGAAAGGACAAUGCCCUCAUGCCCAACUGGCUGCAUCUACCUGUUGGUUACCAUGGUCGCGCCUCGUCCAUCAUUGUGUCUGGGACCUCCGUCAGAAGACCCCAGGGCCAGAUGAAACCCGAUGAUGCAAAGCCGCCGGUAUUUGGAGCUUGCAAACUUUUGGACUUUGAGUUGGAGAUGGGCUUCUUUGUCGGACCAGGCAACGCGCUGGGAGAGCCUAUCCCCGUAUCCCAGGCCCACCAGCAUAUCUUUGGCAUGGUUCUCAUGAAUGACUGGAGCGCCCGUGAUAUUCAGAAGUGGGAGUACGUUCCCCUUGGACCAUUUCUGGGGAAGAGUUUUGGAACAACCAUAUCUCCCUGGGUCAUAACAAUGGAAGCUUUGAUGCCUUUCGCUGUGUCCAAUCCAGUUCAGGAUCCCAAGCCUUUACCCUAUCUGUGCAGUGAUGAUCCAUAUACAUUUGACAUCAACCUUUUUGUUUCUAUUAAAGGCAAAGAAAUGGCUGAAAAGGCAACAGUCUGUCGGUCCAACUUCAAGAACAUGUAUUGGACCAUGAAACAACAGCUAGCUCACCACACAGUUAAUGGGUGCAACGUGAGGUCUGGAGAUAUGCUGGCCUCUGGAACAAUCAGUGGCUCCAGCCCGGACAGCUUUGGGUCAAUGCUGGAGUUGUCGUGGAAGGGAACAAAAACCAUCGACCUGGGCAGUGGACAUCAACGCAAAUUCCUUCAGGAUGGUGAUGAGGUUAUCAUGACUGGUUUUUGCCAGGGCAAUGGUUACCGAAUAGGUUUUGGUGAAUGUGCGGGGAAAGUUCUUCCAGCAUUUCAGAAGUAAUGUGCUGAGCAAGCUGUGACUGGAGAGUGAUGGAUGGAGCUCUGCCCUUCCUGCGGCCAUGACUGGGUAGAGCUAGUGUUAACUGAGUGACCCUUCAGUCCACAUCUACACCAUUUUAUGCACAGCUCAUCUCAUGAUUCAACACUGGAAUUGUCAUUGCCUUUAUAUAUCUUAAUUACCGCAUCGUGGGAAAGGAAUAAUUUUUCGUUGAGUUUUGAGCAAAACGUUUGUAGAAUGUUUGUGAAUGAACUGAAAUGAAAUGAUGGGACAUUAAUAAAAAAUUGUAAUUGUAAGGUC